AUGGCAUUUAUUAAUCUCUCAUUUAUUGAUUAGAAGUUGAAUAUUCAGCCCAAUGAAGAUUAAGCCAAGAUAUCUAAAUAAAGGGCAAAGUCUGAGAAGAAGAGUGUUUAAGUGGAUGAGGAAGAAAAAAGUGCUAUACAAACAGUAGCCAACACUGUUGACACUAACCAUCAAAAAUAAAAUCAACUAUCAUCAGCAUUAAACGGAGGGGACUGUCUUAAUUCCUAUGAAAGUUUUGUCGGUGAGCUAGGUGAUUGGUAAGACUGUCUAGGAGACUAUCUAAAAACACCAGCUUUUAAACAGGUAUAUCAGUUUGUGAAGGGUGAGUAUGAGACCAGUAAGAAGCCGAUCUACCCGCCAAAAGAGUUGAUUUUCAAUGCUUUCAAGCAUGUACAGUUCAAAGACUUGAAGGUAGUCCUGGUAGGCUAAGAUCCAUACAUUAAACCUGGAGAAGCAAUGGGUCUUUGCUUCUCUAUUCCUAAAGGUGUUAAGGUCCCACCAAGUCUCAAGAACAUAUACAAAGCUCUUGAGAAUGACCCUAAAGUUCAAUUCAAGACUCCUAGUCCUAUUCAUGGAGAUCUUAGCGCAUGGGCAAGUUAGGGAGUAUUAAUGUUGAAUGCUAUUUUGACAGUGCAAGAAGGAGUAUCAAACUCGCAUCAAAAGAAAGGCUGGGAGUAGUUCACUGAUGCAGUAAUCCAAGGAAUUAACAAUAGGCACAGUGGUGUUGUAUUCAUGCUUUGGGGUGGCAAGGCUCAGGAAAAAGCAGGCAAAGUUAACAGGCAAAAGCAUUGUGUGCUGGAGUACAGUCACCCAUCACCACUUGCUGGUAAAGGCUUCGGAGACUGCAAGAAUUUCUCUCAAGCGAAUGAAUUUUUAGUCUCAAAGGGAUUACAACCCAUUAAUUGGCAGAAUUGA